GUUGAUAAAGAAACAUGGUAUUCACCCUUACCUGAAUCACUUACAGGAAGCAUUACACAUCCUGCAGCCAAUAUUACAAGUCUAGGACAAACCACAUCUUUUGCAGAACAAUGGACAAUGGAUAUUGUUGAGAAACAGGGAUGCACAACAAGUAUAUGUCGACAAAGUGCAGAGCAAGUUUAUUCAAAUCGAUCGACUGGAUGCCAAACUAGUUGUUGGUAACGACACCCGAAUCAAGGUCCAAAACCUAGCACGACAAAAACGAUUCCAUGCCAAACAUGAAACAAGGUUUAGUCGAAAACAGCAGAAAGCAAUGGGUAUGUUGAGUCUACCCAAAAAGGACUUGAAGUUUGAGGUGUUUGUUCCAUUGCAUACACUUUGGAUGGGCUAUAUUUGCCAAGUGAUUGGAAUUCAGAAUCCAUUAAAUAAAGCGACUCUCUCUCAGCAAGAGGAAAAACCAGAUAUGGCUACGGAUCUAACAUUGGAACAGUCAGAAACUGUAUUGGCGAAGCUGAUCAAAGCUGAUUUUCAUGGUGCUUUCCUUACAGUGGUCAAGUCAAAGUGUCCUAGUAAUAUAGGCAUUUCUGGAAUUGUAAUCAAGGACACUGAGAAUAUGUUUCAUCUUAUUUCUCGUAAAAAUACUCUCAAAGCUAUCCCAAAACAAGGCAACGUAUUCACGUUUGGAGUCGGCAAUUCCCUCAUUACCUUGUAUGGAAAUCAGUUUCGUACUCGUCCCGCAGAUAGAGCCAGCAAGAAAUUCAAGGCAAAGCCAAGUGUUGCGCUUUGA